AUGGGAUCCGGCGUAGUAGCCGAGUCACACCCCCUGCCCCCUCAUGCCAUCCGCUCCCCCCGCCCCUACCCUCCGCGUGCCCGCUCCCUCGCCGCCUCUUUUGACCCUCCCUGCCCCCCUCGCCGUUACCCACCGCUCGCCAUUCGCUCCUCCCCGCCCGUGCCCUCCCCUCGUUUACCUUCGCCUCCCCCCUCCCCUCCUCUGCUGGACGCCUCUUCCUUCCCCUCGCUAACCCACUCCACUCCCUGCCCCUCCUCAAUCCGCACCCUGCCCCUCGUUUCUCGCCCCCCUACGCUUGGUUUCUCCCCUCCCUGCCCCUCGCCGCCUUUCUCCGCUCCCCACCUCCCCCCUCUCCCUGCCCCCCCACUCUCCUCCACUUGCCCUUGGCUUCCCACCUCCCUGCCCCACCUUUCCCCCCUCCGUGUGCUCAGCUUCUCCCCUCCCUGCCUCUCCCUCCUCCCCGCCCUGCCCCUCAUUUUCCGCCCCCCCACGCCCGGUUUCUCCCCUCCCUGCACCUCCCUUUCUUUCUCCGUGCCUCUCCUUUGCUCCCUCCCUGCCCCCGCCUGCCCAUGCCCCUGUCUUUGGUCUCUCCCCCCCCUGCCCCACGUUUCUUCCCUCCCUGAGAUCACCUUGUACCCCCUCUGCCCCUCCCUUGUUCUCCCCGCACCCAUUGCUUCUCCCCUCCCUGCCCUUGAUUUCCCGCACCCCUGCCCUUGUUUCCUACCAUCCAUGCCCCUCGUUUCCCCUCUUUGUACGUUCACCCUCUUCCCUCCCUGCCCCUCCCUUCCUCCCCCCCUGCCCUUUGCUUUCCCCUCGUUAUGCUCCCUUCUCCCCAUCCCUGCUGCCCUCUUACCACCAUCAGCCCGUCCCCACCACCAGCCCCCCUCCCACCCUUCCCCCCCCCCCCCCUCUCCCUCUCCCUCUCUCUCUCUCUCUCUCUCUCUCUCUCUCUCUCUCUCUCUCUCUCUUCUCUCGCACACACACACACACACACUCCCCUCCCCUACCCCCCACCCACAUCCUCCCGUUCUGCCCCUCCCUGCCCCUGUUCCACCCCCUCGCACGCCCCUCACCUCUCACCUCCGUUCAACUGGAUUCCCCCCCUCUGGUGCAUCCCUUGCAUCGCUCGCCCCUCUGCUCACCCUCUGCCCGCCCCUUUUCCUUGCCCUCAGCUGGCCCAGCCCCUGCCCGUUGCUGCCCCUCCCCUUGCCCCCUCAACUCCCCUGCCCCCCGUACACCCCACUCCCGUCCAACCGCCCCCACCCUCCCCCGGCUGCCCGUUUCCGCUCUCCACCCCCGCGACCGUGUGCGGCUUCCAACCGCCCAACGGUGUUAGCCCUCACAGGUCAGUGCUCCUGUGGACAGGCGAUCGACGACAUGACGGUGCCUCACCACGCGGUUCGGUGCCCACGAUUCGGCGUCGCCACUGUCAUCCACGACACGGUGAAGUUCGCGCUUCGAGACUUCGCUGUCGAGGCGGGCUUCGCGGUGAAGGUGGAGGACUCUACGCUGUUCACACACCUGGAGGCAGCUCGAGCGAGACUGCUGGGACAGCCGGUGGUGGGAGAGGGGACACGGGCUGGGGGACCACUGGAGCAGAGGGCUGAGGCGGGACAGCCGGGCGGCGGGGCACAGUGGGGACAGCAUCAGCUGCGGGGUCGGAUGGCGCGAGGGGCAGGCGGACAGAGGGGACGGCAGGGGGUGCAGACCAGCCAGAGCGGAGAGGGGGGACAGCAGAGGCAGCAGCAGGAGAGCCAGCACAGGUCGCAGGCUCAGGGUGCCGCGCCUCAGGGUGUGGGCUCGGGGAUGGGGCAGGGGCGAGAGCAGCAAAGAGCGGACGGGGGUACAGGGGGGGCGGGGAGAUUGGGAGGUGAGGUUCAGGGAGUGAGAGAGGCAGCAGGGGAUCGAGCAGGGGGGUUGGGAGGAUUGGGGGAGGGUAGAGAGGGGGAGGGGAGAGGACAGGUGGGUGGAGGAGAGGAUAGGGGGAGAGAGACGACUGGAGAGGAGGCACCGAGGGACCAGACAGGGCAGCAGCCAGCGCAGCAGCAGGGACCAGCCGGACGCACAGGCCGUACAGGCACCUCCUCCCGCAUCCCAGACCUCACCUGCCGCGACGUUGGGCAGAGUUUGAUGGUUCUUGUGGAUGUCUCCAUAGCGGAUCCACAGCGGGAGGGGAACGUGCAGCUGGGACGGGCGACCCCCACACAGAUUGGAGUGGCAGCAGCUAGGCGGGUGCAGGAGAAGCUGCGUCACUGGGGCCCGCACUUAGAGGGCUUGCAGCCGGCACCACACUUUUACGCGUGCGUGGCUGAGACCUUUGGCCUACUGAGCGAGCCGUUGCGUCAGUUCCUGGGGCUCUGCGCAAAGAGGAUAGCACAGCGGAGGAGGGAUUGGGGAGGGGGGGAUGACGGAUCGGCACGGAUAUUUGAGACAGGACUCACUACACGUCUCUCCGUGGCACUGCAGCGCGCGCAGGCUCCAUGCAUCUUACAGCAUGCGGUGCGGCAGUUGGGGGGAUCCGACGACGGGUGGAUGCCCGCACCCUCACACCCCCUGCCCCCUCAUGCCAUCCGCUCCCCCCGCCCCUACCCUCCGCGUGCCCGCUCCCUCGCCGCCUCUUUUGACCCUCCCUGCCCCCCUCGCCGUUACCCACCGCUCGCCAUUCGCUCCUCCCCGCCCGUGCCCUCCCCUCGUUUACCUUCGCCUCCCCCCUCCCCUCCUCUGCUGCACGCCUCUUCCUUCCCCUCGCUAACCCACUCCACUCCCUGCCCCUCCUCAAUCCGCACCCUGCCCCUCGUUUCUCGCCCCCCCUACGCUUGCUUCUCCCCUCCCUGCCUCUCCCUCCUCCCCGCCCUGCCCCUCAUUUUCCGCCCCCCCACGCCCGGUUUCUCCCCUCCCUGCACCUCCCUUUCUUUCUCCGUGCCUCUCCUUUGCUCCCUCCCUGCCCCCGCCUGCCCAUGCCCCUGUCUUUGGUUUCUCCCCCCCCUGCCCCACGUUUCUUCCCUCCCUGAGAUCACCUUGUACCCCCUCUGCCCCUCCCUUGUUCUCCCCGCACCCAUUGCUUCUCCCCUCCCUGCCCUUGAUUUCCCGCACCCCUGCCCUUGUUUCCUACCAUCCAUGCCCCUCGUUUCCCCUCUUUGUACGUUCACCCUCUUCCCUCCCUGCCCCUCCCUUCCUCCCCCCCUGCCCUUUGCUUUCCCCUCGUUAUGCUCCCUUCUCCCCAUCCCUGCUGCCCUCUUACCACCAUCAGCCCGUCCCCACCACCAGCCCCCCUCCCACCCUUCUCCCCCCCCCCCCUCUCCCUCUCUCUCUCUCUCUCUCUCUCUCUCUCUCUCUCUCUCUCUCUCUCUCUCUCUCUUUAUCUCGCACACACACACACACACACUCCCCUCCCCCACCCCCCACCCACAUCCUCCCGUUCUGCCCCUCCCUGCCCCUGUUCCACCCCCUCGCACGCCCCUCACCUCUCACCUCCGUUCAACUGGAUUCCCCCCCUCUGGUGCAUCCCUUGCAUCGCUCGCCCCUCUGCUCACCCUCUGCCCGCCCCUUUUCCUUGCCCUCAGCUGGCCCAGCCCCUGCCCGUUGCUGCCCCUCCCCUUGCCCCCUCAACUCCCCUGCCCCCCGUACACCCCACUCCCGUCCAACCGCCCCCACCCUCCCCCGGCUGCCCGUUUCCGCUCUCCACCCCCGCGACCGUGUGCGGCUUCCAACCGCCCAACGGUGUUAGCCCUCACAGGUCAGUGCUCCUGUGGACAGGCGAUCGACGACAUGACGGUGCCUCACCACGCGGUUCGGUGCCCACGAUUCGGCGUCGCCACUGUCAUCCACGACACGGUGAAGUUCGCGCUUCGAGACUUCGCUGUCGAGGCGGGCUUCGCGGUGAAGGUGGAGGACUCUACGCUGUUCACACACCUGGAGGCAGCUCGAGCGAGACUGCUGGGACAGCCGGUGGUGGGAGAGGGGACACGGGCUGGGGGACCACUGGAGCAGAGGGCUGAGGCGGGACAGCCGGGCGGCGGGGCACAGUGGGGACAGCAUCAGCUGCGGGGUCGGAUGGCGCGAGGGGCAGGCGGACAGAGGGGACGGCAGGGGGUGCAGACCAGCCAGAGCGGAGAGGGGGGACAGGAGAGGCAGCAGCAGGAGAGCCAGCACAGGUCGCAGGCUCAGGGUGCCGCGCCUCAGGGUGUGGGCUCGGGGAUGGGGCAGGGGCGAGAGCAGCAAAGAGCGGACGGGGGUACAGGGGGGGCGGGGAGAUUGGGAGGUGAGGUUCAGGGAGUGAGAGAGGCAGCAGGGGAUCGAGCAGGGGGGUUGGGAGGGUUGGGGGAGGGUAGAGAGGGGGAGGGGAGAGGACAGGUGGGUGGAGGAGAGGAUAGGGGGAGAGAGACGACUGGAGAGGAGGCACCGAGGGACCAGACAGGGCAGCAGCCAGCGCAGCAGCAGGGACCAGCCGGACGCACAGGCCGUACAGGCACCUCCUCCCGCAUCCCAGACCUCACCUGCCGCGACGUUGGGCAGAGUUUGAUGGUUCUUGUGGAUGUCUCCAUAGCGGAUCCACAGCGGGAGGGGAACGUGCAGCUGGGACGGGCGACCCCCACACAGAUUGGAGUGGCAGCAGCUAGGCGGGUGCAGGAGAAGCUGCGUCACUGGGGCCCGCACUUAGAGGGCUUGCAGCCGGCACCACACUUUUACGCGUGCGUGGCUGAGACCUUUGGCCUACUGAGCGAGCCGUUGCGUCAGUUCCUGGGGCUCUGCGCAAAGAGGAUAGCACAGCGGAGGAGGGAUUGGGGAGGGGGGGAUGACGGAUCGGCACGGAUAUUUGAGACAGGACUCACUACACGUCUCUCCGUGGCACUGCAGCGCGCGCAGGCUCCAUGCAUCUUACAGCAUGCGUCACACCCCCUGCCCCCUCAUGCCAUCCGCUCCCCCCGCCCCUACCCUCCGCGUGCCCGCUCCCUCGCCGCCUCUUUUGACCCUCCCUGCCCCCCUCGCCGUUACCCACCGCUCGCCAUUCGCUCCUCCCCGCCCGUGCCCUCCCCUCGUUUACCUUCGCCUCCCCCCUCCCCUCCUCUGCUGCACGCCUCUUCCUUCCCCUCGCUAACCCACUCCACUCCCUGCCCCUCCUCAAUCCGCACCCUGCCCCUCGUUUCUCGCCCCCCUACGCUUGGUUUCUCCCCUCCCUGCCCCUCGCCGCCUUUCUCCGCUCCCCACCUCCCCCCUCUCCCUGCCCCCCCACUCUCCUCCACUUGCCCUUGGCUUCCCACCUCCCUGCCCCACCUUUCCCCCCUCCGUGUGCUCAGCUUCUCCCCUCCCUGCCUCUCCCUCCUCCCCGCCCUGCCCCUCAUUUUCCGCCCCCCCACGCCCGGUUUCUCCCCUCCCUGCACCUCCCUUUCUUUCUCCGUGCCUCUCCUUUGCUCCCUCCCUGCCCCCGCCUGCCCAUGCCCCUGUCUUUGGUUUCUCCCCUCCCUGCCCCACGUUUCUUCCCUCCCUGAGAUCACCUUGUACCCCCUCUGCCCCUCCCUUGUUCUCCCCGCACCCAUUGCUUCUCCCCUCCCUGCCCUUGAUUUCCCGCACCCCUGCCCUUGUUUCCUACCAUCCAUGCCCCUCGUUUCCCCUCUUUGUACGUUCACCCUCUUCCCUCCCUGCCCCUCCCUUCCUCCCCCCCUGCCCUUUGCUUUCCCCUCGUUACGCUCCCUUCUCCCCAUCCCUGCUGCCCUCUUACCACCAUCAGCCCGUCCCCACCACCAGCCCCUCUCCCACCCUUCUCCCCCCCCCCCCCUCUCCCUCUCUCUCUCUCUCUCUCUAUCUCUCUCUCUCUCUCUCUCUCUCUCUCUCUCUCUCUCUUUCUCUCACACACACAAACACACACACUCCCCUCCCCCACCCCCCCACCCACAUCCUCCCGUUCUGCCCCUCCCUGCCCCUGUUCCACCCCCUCGCACGCCCCUCACCUCUCACCUCCGUUCAACUGGAUUCCCCCCCUCUGGUGCAUCCCUUGCAUCGCUCGCCCCUCUGCUCACCCUCUGCCCGCCCCUUUUCCUUGCCCUCAGCUGGCCCAGCCCCUGCCCGUUGCUGCCCCUCCCCUUGCCCCCUCAACUCCCCUGCCCCCCGUACACCCCACUCCCGUCCAACCGCCCCCACCCUCCCCCGGCUGCCCGUUUCCGCUCUCCACCCCCGCGACCGUGUGCGGCUUCCAACCGCCCAACGGUGUUAGCCCUCACAGUUCGUGCUUCGAGACUUCGCUGUCGAGGCGGGCUUCGCGGUGAAGGUGGAGGACUCUACGCUGUUCAUACACCUGGAGGCAGCUCGAGUGAGACUGCUGGGACAGCCGGUGGUGGGAGAGGGGACACGGGCUGGGGGACACUGGAGCAGAGGGCUGAGGCGGGACAGCCGGGCGGCGGGGCACAGUGGGGACAGCAUCAGCUGCGGGGUCGGAUGGCGCGAGGGGCAGGCGGACAGAGGGGACGGCAGGGGGUGCAGACCAGCCAGAGCGGAGAGGGGGGACAGCAGAGGCAGCAGCAGGAGAGCCAGCACAGGUCGCAGGCUCAGGGUGCCGCGCCUCAGGGUGUGGGCUCGGGGAUGGGGCAGGGGCGAGAGCAGCAAAGAGCGGACGGGGGUACAGGGGGGGCGGGGAGAUUGGGAGGUGAGGUUCAGGGAGUGAGAGAGGCAGCAGGGGAUCAAGCAGGGGGGUUGGGAGGAUUGGGGGAGGGUAGAGAGGGGGAGGGGAGAGGACAGGUGGGUGGAGGAGAGGAUAGGGGGAGAGAGACGACUGGAGAGGAGGCACCGAGGGACCAGACAGGGCAGCAGCCAGCGCAGCAGCAGGGACCAGCCGGACGCACAGGCCGUACAGGCACCUCCUCCCGCAUCCCAGACCUCACCUGCCGCGACGUUGGGCAGAGUUUGAUGGUUCUUAUGGAUGUCUCCAUAGCGGAUCCACAGCGGGAGGGGAACGUGCAGCUGGGACGGGCGACCCCCACACAGAUUGGAGUGGCAGCAGCUAGGCGGGUGCAGGAGAAGCUGCGUCACUGGGGCCCGCACUUAGAGGGCUUGCAGCCGGCACCACACUUUUACGCGUGCGUGGCUGAGACCUUUGGCCUACUGAGCGAGCCGUUGCGUCAGUUCCUGGGGCUCUGCGCGAAGAGGAUAGCACAGCGGAGGAGGGAUUGGGGAGGGGGGGAUGACGGAUCGGCACGGAUAUUUGAGACAGGACUCACUACACGUCUCUCCGUGGCACUGCAGCGCGCGCAGGCUCAAUGCAUCUUACAGCAUGCGUCACACCCCCUGCCCCCUCGUGCCAUCCGCUCCCCCCGCCCCUACCCUCCGCGUGCCCGCUCCCUCGCCGCCUCUUUUGACCCUCCCUGCCCCCCUCGCCGUUACCCACCGCUCGCCAUUCGCUCCUCCCCGCCCGUGCCCUCCCCUCGUUUACCUUCGCCUCCCCCCUCCCCUCCUCUGCUGCACGCCUCUUCCUUCCCCUCGCUAACCCACUCCACUCCCUGCCCCUCCUCAAUCCGCACCCUGCCCCUCGUUUCUCGCCCCCCUAUGCUUGGUUUCUCCCCUCCCUGCCCCUCGCCGCCUUUCUCCGCUCCCCACCUCCCCCCUCUCCCUGCCCCCCCACUCUCCUCCACUUGCCCUUGGCUUCCCACCUCCCUGCCCCACCUUUCCCCCCUCCGUGUGCUCAGCUUCUCCCCUCCCUGCCUCUCCCUCCUCCCCGCCCUGCCCCUCAUUUUCCGCCCCCCCACGCCCGGUUUCUCCCCUCCCUGCACCUCCCUUUCUUUCUCCGUGCCUCUCCUUUGCUCCCUCCCUGCCCCCGCCUGCCCAUGCCCCUGUCUUUGGUUUCUCCCCUCCCUGCCCCACGUUUCUUCCCUCCCUGAGAUCACCUUGUACCCCCUCUGCCCCUCCCUUGUUCUCCCCGCACCCAUUGCUUCUCCCCUCCCUGCCCUUGAUUUCCCGCACCCCUGCCCUUGUUUCCUACCAUCCAUGCCCCUCGUUUCCCCUCUUUGUACGUUCACCCUCUUCCCUCCCUGCCCCUCCCUUCCUCCCCCCCUGCCCUUUGCUUUCCCCUCGUUACGCUCCCUUCUCCCCAUCCCUGCUGCCCUCUUACCACCAUCAGCCCCCCCUGCCCGUUGCUGUCCCUCCCCUUGCCCCCUCAACUCCCCUGCCCCCCGUACACCCCACUCCCGUCCAACCGCCCCCACCCUCCCCCGGCUGCCCGUUUCCGCUCUCCACCCCCGCGACCGUGUGCGGCUUCCAACCGCCCAACGGUGGGCGGGAGCCCCCCUCUCCACUCCCCUGUAUGCUCCUUCCCCCCCUCCCAAGCCCGCUGUCCAUCCAGCGCCCUUGUUCAUAGCUCAUCCACACCCCCCCUGCCGCCUCUCUUUCAUGUCCCACACCUCCUACUCCCCUCCAGCCUUCGUCGCACGUGACCAGUCACCCACAGGCGGCACACACACCGACCCCAGAGGUAAAAAACGAGCCAUAGAAGAGACAGGGGCCCAACCACCACCGCACCAGCAGGAACAGGACCGCGAGGGUGCACACCCACGCUCCAAGACUCGCCACAUCCCAUCUGUCCCCCCACAGCCCCCCCCUCCAAGUGGCGAUGACGGUGCAGCCCAGCAGUCCAAGGAUUCACCCUCAACCACACCCACCUGCACCCAUACCGAAAAAACUAAAUCACACAAAAAAACAGAAGUACCGGACCCAAACCUUGGGAACACAACAGGCCCCACCCCCGCUGGGGGGCUGAAAGGUAGAGCAAAGCAGGCCCGACCCGUGCCCGAGAGAGGAGGGGAGGGGAAAGGGAAAGCCAGGGCUCUGUACCUGGACGUGCAUGAGCGUAGCGCCGAGCGUGAGGCCGAGGCGAGCGGGACUGCUGCGGGAAAAAGGGAUGGGGCUGCGGGAGGUACUGCAAGGGAUGCCGUGGGGGCAGCACGGGAUGCUAGGGGGGCACCAAGGGAUACGGCGGGGACAGCAAUGGACACGGUGGGGACAGUAGAGGCUCCUGAAAGGGGCUCGUCAGGGGGCGUGACUCUGGCCAGGCAAAGGGCAGAGCCAUGGAGACAGACCGCAGCAGGUGAGGCUGCACAGACCGCAGCAGGUGAGGCUGCACAGACCGCAGCAGGUGAGGCUGCAGGGACCACAGCAGGUGAGGCUGCAGGAGAGACCAUGGCAGGUGAGGCCGCAGGGACCGCAGCAGGUGAGGCGGCAGGGACCACAGCGGGUGAGGCUGCAGGAGGGACCAUGGCAGGCGAGGCCGCAGGGACCGCAGCAGGUGAGGCCGCAGGGGCUGCAGCAGGUGAGGCUGAGCAGAUUCUAGCAGGUGAGGCUGCACAGACUACAGCAGGAGAGGCCGCAUGGACUGCAGCAGGCGAGGCUGCAGGGACUGCAGCAGGUGAGGCUGCAGGAGGGACCAUGGCAGGUGAGGCCGCAGGGUCCGCAGCAGGUGAGGCUGCAGGGACUGCAGCAGGUGAGGCUGCAGGGACCACAGCGGGUGAGGCUGCAGGAGGGACCAUGGCAGGUGAGGCCGCAGGGCCCGCAGCAGGUGAGGCUGCAGGGACUGCAGCAGGUGAGGCUGCAGGGACUGCAGCAGGUGAGGCCGCAUGGACUGCAGCAGGCGAGGCUGCAGGGACUGCAGCAGGCGAGGCUGCAGGGACUGCAGCAGGUGAGGCUGCAGGAGGGACCAUGGCAGGUGAGGCCGCAGGGUCCGCAGCAGGUGAGGCUGCAGGGACUGCAGCAGGUGAGGCUGCAGGGACCACAGCGGGUGAGGCUGCAGGAGGGACCAUGGCAGGUGAGGCCGCAGGGUCCGCAGCAGGUGAGGCUGCAGGGACUGCAGCAGGUGAGGCUGCAGGGACCACAGCGGGUGAGGCUGCAGGAGGGACCAUGGCAGGUGAGGCCGCAGGGUCCGCAGCAGGUGAGGCUGCAGGGACUGCAGCAGGUGAGGCUGCAGGGACUGCAGCAGGUGAGGCUGCAGGGACUGCAGCAGGUGAGGCUGCAGGGACCACAGCGGGUGAGGCUGCAGGAGGGACCAUGGCAGGUGAGGCCGCAGGGUCCGCAGCAGGUGAGGCUGCAGGGACCGCAGCAGGUGAGGCUGCAGGGGCCGCAGCAGGUGAGGCUGCACAGACUACAGCAGGCGAGGCCGCAGGGACUGCAGCAGGUGAGGCCGCAGGGACUGCAGCAGGUGAGGCUGCAGGGACUGCAGCAGGUGAGGCUGCAGGGACUGCAGCAGGUGAGGCGACAGGGACCGCGGCAGGUGAGGCUGAGCAGAUUCCGGUAGGCGAGGCUGCAGGGACUGCAGCAGGUGAGGCAGCAGGGACUGCAGCAGGAGCGACAGGGGCCACGGUGGGGGCUGGUACAGGGGGAGGUGCUACGGGGGCUGCAGCGGGGAAGGGUGUAACGGGGACUGGUGCGAGGGAGAGUGCCGCCCCGGCUGUAGCAGGAGAGGGUGCGGCAGGGGCUGGAGUGGGAGAGGGGACAGCAGAGGCCUCAAAGGCAGAAGGUGAGGCUGCAGAUGAAGCAGCAGGGAGGGCCAUAGCACGGCCAGUAGGGGCGGCAGGGGCCGCAGCAAGCGCGGUGGAGCACACAGCAGGGCCGGCAGAGACUGCAGAAGGGGCUAGCAGUAAAGAGACAGCAGGUGGGGUGGGCUCGGGGGACAUAGGGGCAACAGGGGGAGGAGAGGCGAGCGAGGUCCCAACCCGAGGGGCCACUGAGGGGGGAGAUGUGAUAGUGAUAGAGGAGGAUGAGGUAGAGGACGGGAUGCACAUCGACGGGCCACUGGCCCACUACCUCACGCUUGACGGCGAGGCUGACUCGGCCCCCCUGCAGCCUCAUGUCGAGGUUCCCCCUCUCCCCCCCAUGCCCGACCCCAUGCUAGCAGAUGGACCGGUCCCUGUAGCAUCCUGGGGGGCAGCCAAGGCCCUGGCCUUCUUGGCGGAGCCGUGCUCCCCGACCCCCACGCUGUUCCAUGACCAGCCCCCCUCUCUGUCCCCAACGCCUGACACCACGCUUACAGACGGUCCGCCAGGAGAGCACGCGGGCACGGCGAGGGCAGAGCCUCCUACACCCAGCCCCAUCCUUGCCCCUCACCCCUCCUCGCCCAUUUCCUCUCCCCUAAGAGCAGCACACUCCCGCCCCCACCCUCAGGGGCUCCCUCUAGCAUCACGGGGAGCAGCCAGGGCCCUGGCCUUCUUGGCGGAGCCGUGCUCCCCGACCCCUAACACCAUCCAGUCACCCCCCACCAGCCCACUACCCCCACCCCCUCCAGGUCCUCCCCCACCCGGGGCUAUGCACAUUUCAGAGGUUCAAACCUCAACCCUGCCACACCCGCCUCCAUCCGCGCAUUGCCCCACACCCUACACACACCCAAAUCACCCAACUCGCCGCACAACCCCAACCCUCCCACCUUCCUCACAUCAACCCCCCCAAGCAUCCAAGUCCCAACCACAAGGACCCCUGCCCCUAGCUCAGGGAGGCGACGACACCAUGGGCGCGGGGCCCAUAGGAGGGGCCGCCAGUGGGAGGGGCUCUGGUGCCAACGUACAUCAUGGGGGCACAACCUCUGAACCUCAUUCCCCCCUCAAUCCCCCCCCUUCCACCACGCAGCCACCACAGACCUCACUCCUUCCACCACAAGCACCACGCCCUAACCGCUACAUUGCUCCAGCCCUUCGCCCCCCACCCACAACCCCCGCCUACAGCCUGCCUCACCACGAGUGGCCCCGUUGGGCAGACAUCGCCCCCCACAUACAGCCCACCACGGAGGGUGAUGUCAUGGGGAGAAGAGGAAUGCACACUGAGCUUCCUCUACCUAGCCAACUACCCAUCCUCCCCUCACCCAUCCCCUUAGCCUCUCAGCCCGCCCUUCCCUCACAACCAGACAGGGACAACCAAAACCAGGUUGGCCGUCGACGGAAGAAGAAAGGCAAAGGCGGCAAGGGGCCAGCUCACCUACUCCCCCCUCCCUCCCUUCCCCUCCAGCCGCCCCUCCUCACCCCACAUCCCACUGAACCUGCACCAGGCCCUACCCCUACAUGCCAACCACCAAACUCACACCCCCCUCCCGUACCUGCCCCUCUACAGGGCCAUGAGAGCGAUCCAGCCCACUCACCCCCGGGCCGCCUCUCCCUUCCUCUAAACCCCCCCCAGGUGGCGGCAGCCGCGUGCGCUGCCGGGAUGGAGGCCGACGGGAUGAGGGAUGCGCCCAUGGCAGACGCCACCGACUCCCCUUCCCAUGCCUCCCACCCCAUCCAUGUCGACAGCCCCCUACCACAACCCAUGGUGUUUGGGGAGGGCCAAGGGGGCUUUCUAGGGCAGGGUCCACACCCGGGCUCUGCUCAGCCAGCACGCCCCACCCCACCCUCUACCCUGCCAGCCCUCCUACCCUCACCAGCAGGCAGGCAUGUCACCGGGACCCCAGAGGAGGUGAGGGCUGCCAUCUCAGAUCUGCUGGCGAUACAGAGCCCGAGCAGCUCCCCGGCUGCCCCCACCCUACCAGUCCCACAGGUCCGGACCCGGACGUAUGCGAAGGUCACCCGUUCUGUCCCUUCUUUCACCCCCCCCACUACUCAGCCAGGCGCGUCACUCCCGUCCCCGAUGGAGACGGACCUGGUUCCGAGGCCGUGUCAUUCGCACCUAGACGUGGCGGCGCCUCCCCCCGUUCAGCCCGUUGCCGACACACUACCCGCGACGCAGGAGGGCACCAGCUUUAGGGACGAGGCAUCGGCCCCUGCCGAGACCCCCCCGCCUGGGGUAGCAGAGCCGCCACUUGGACCGCACCCCGCCGAGGGACAGGGGCACACCACGGCACACACUUCAGGCUCACCUCCACUUCCCCCCUCCCUAGCUUCGGGACCGGUACCGCCACGAGGCCCAGCCCCAUCCUGUGUGGCACCACCUCUAUCUUCUCCGACACCCCCCCUGCACGGGGCCGGCGAGUCCUCUCCUCCCCUUAUCCCAGGCGAUCCUCUUGGAGCUCAGGCCGCCCACGGGGUCCUCUCUACAGCCAGUUCCGACGCCACGGCCCCGUUCGACCCCACCGACACGGCGACAUCACCCGACCAGGUCGUGAGAUGCCCCACCUGCAGGAGCUCUCUCGCGAACCGAUGUGCCCUUCAGCACUACACGCCCUUCUGCCAUCCUGCGGACGCGGCUCGUAGGGCACAGGCCCUCCACGACACCUCAUCUGUCCUCCCGUCCCUCUCGGAGCCACAGGGGACGAGGACGCAUUUCACAGAUGCACAGUGGCAGACGUUGGAUGCCUUCGAUUGGACGGAGUAUUUCUCGCCAGAGCGCACCCACGCCCGCCCUCUCCGACGCAUUCCUGCUAGGGUCCGCGGAGGAUAUCUUGACGUCCUCUGCACGAUCUUGGCCCGUGUAUCCCAGGAUCCCGAGGCUCCGGGCCCUACCUUCCUCCUCGCCACUGCACCCACACUUCUCCUCACGCAGGCGACCCCGCCAGACCGCUCGCACACGACUGCCAUCGCAGCACGGGUCUCCCGCUUCAUGCGAGGUGAGUGGACUGAGCUACUCUCUGAGGCCCUGAUCCGUCGCACCCCCCUCCCUCGACGCACAUCCCGGCGCGCACGUCCCGUCACCGCCCAGUCCACCGCAGAUGAGCGUCGCAUCGCACGUUGCCUCCGUCUGGCAGCGUGCAAUGAGACCUCACGGGCCUGCGCGGCUCUUGAGUCCGCGGAGGCCACCCCAGAUACACAGGGGACAACACAGCGCCUACAGUCGAACCACCCCAACGCCGUCCCGGAUCGACUCGAGAGGAUGGGGCGGGUGCUACCCUGGCUUCUGAGGUUGCGCCAGCCCCAGACAGCUGCUCGCCUUCUUUCGGCAUGUGUCAGCACUCGCCCGCAGUACCUGUCGAGGACUGUCCCUCCCUCGCCCGCAGUGCUCUCCAGCUUCGCGCGCUGGGACGCACGCCUGGGAGAGACUUUUCAGCAGCUUUUAGCGUCCGGGACCUGGGCAUGCCGUGAGGACGUCAGAGAUGCCGCCCGAGACCAGAUUUUCCUCCCCAUCCGCCUUGGGGGUUUCGGCAUUCGUCGCAUGGAGCGCAUUGCCCCGAGCUUUGCUUCCGGUGAGACGUAUCAGAUCGACCUCUCCCUACGGACGACGCUGGAGGGCCUUCCACCUGACAUCCUCUCUCUCCUCCCACCCUGGCCCUCUUGUGCCUCUGCCUCCCCCGAUUCCCUUUUUGCAGGAGCGAGCCGUCUUUUGGAGGCGCAUGCCUUGGAGGCCGUGCGUGCCCGUCACACCUCUCCCUUGCACCUUGCCCGUUUGACUUCCCUUCAGGGCGUAGGUGCAGGUGGGUGGCUGCAGGCGGUGCCAUACGCAGACUCCCUGCGCAUUCCGGAGGCGGAGUGGCAGGUGGCUUCAUCAUGCCGUCUUGGUCUCCCUGUCCCCCAGUUAGCCCUAACAGGUCAGUGCUCCUGUGGACAGGCGAUCGACGACAUGACGGUGCCUCACCACGCGGUUCGGUGCCCACGAUUCGGCGUCGCCACUGUCAUCCACGACACGGUGAAGUUAGCGCUUCGAGACUUCGCUGUCGAGGCGGGCUUCGCGGUGAAGGUGGAGGACUCUACGCUGUUCACACACCUGGAGGCAGCUCGAGCGAGACUGCUGGGACAGCCGGUGGUGGGAGAGGGGACACGGGCUAGGGGGCCGCUGGAGCAGAGGGCUGAGGCGGGACAGCCGGGCGGCGGAGCACAGUGGGGACGGCAUCAGCUGCGGGGUCGGGUGGCGCGAGGGGCAGGUGGGCAGAGGGGACGGCAGGGGGUGCAGACCAGCCAAGGCGGAGAGGGGGGACAGCAGAGGCAGCAGCAGGAGAGCCAGCACAGGUCGCAGGCUCAGGGCGCCGCGCCUCAGGGUGUGGGCUCGGGGGUGGGGCAGGGACGAGAGCAGCAGAGAGCGGACGGGGGUAUAGGGGGGGCGGGGAGAUUGGGAGGUGAGGUUCAGGGAGUGAGAGAGGCAGCAGGGGAUCGAGCAGGGGGGCUGGGAGGGUUGGGGGAGGGUAGAGAGGGGGAGGGGAGAGGACAGGUGGGUGGAGGAGAGGAUAGGGGGAGAGAGACGACUGGAGAGGAGGCACCGAGGGACCAGACAGGGCAGCAGCCAGCGCAGCAGCAGGGACCAGCCGGACGCACAGGCCGUACAGGCACCUCCUCCCGCAUCCCAGACCUCACCUGCCGCGACGUUGGGCAGACUUUGAUGGUUCUUGUGGAUGUCUCCAUAGCGGAUCCACAGCGGGAGGGGAACGUGCAGCUGGGACGGGCGACCCCCACACAGAUUGGAGUGGCAGCAGCUAGGCGGGUGCAGGAGAAGCUGCGUCACUGGGGGCCGCACUUAGAGGGGUUGCAGCCGGCACCACACUUUUACGCGUGCGUGGCUGAGACCUUUGGCCUACUGAGCGAGCCGUUGCGUCAGUUCCUGGGGCUCUGCGCGAAGAAGAUAGCACAGCGGAGGAGGGAUUGGGGAGGAGGGGAUGACGGAUCAGCACGGAUAUUUGAGACAGGACUCACUACACGUCUCUCCGUGGCACUGCAGCGCGCGCAGGCUCGAUGCAUCUUACAGCAUGCGGUGCGGCAGUUGGGGGGAUCCGACGACGGAUGGAUGCCCGCACCCGUCCCACUGGGUGCGGGGCAGGGUACCUGGAACCAUAUCACAGGCUUCUCCCCUCCCUGCCUCUCCCUCCUCCCCGCCCUGCCCCUCAUUUUCCGCCCCCCCACGCCCGGUUUCUCCCCUCCCUGCACCUCCCUUUCUUUCUCCGUGCCUCUCCUUUGCUCCCUCCCUGCCCCCGCCUGCCCAUGCCCCUGUCUUUGGUUUCUCCCCUCCCUGCCCCACGUUUCUUCCCUCCCUGAGAUCACCUUGUACCCCCUCUGCCCCUCCCUUGUUCUCCCCGCACCCAUUGCUUCUCCCCUCCCUGCCCUUGAUUUCCCGCACCCCUGCCCUUGUUUCCUACCAUCCAUGCCCCUCGUUUCCCCUCUUUGUACGUUCACCCUCUUCCCUCCCUGCCCCUCCCUUCCUCCCCCCCUGCCCUUUGCUUUCCCCUCUGGAUUCCCCCCCUCUGGUGCAUCCCUUGCAUCGCUCGCCCCUCUGCUCACCCUCUGCCCGCCCCUUUUCCUUGCCCUCAGCUGGCCCAGCCCCUGCCCGUUGCUGCCCCUCCCCUUGCCCCCUCAACUCCCCUGCCCCCCGUACACCCCACUCCCGUCCAACCGCCCCCACCCUCCCCCGGCUGCCCGUUUCCGCUCUCCACCCCCGCGACCGUGCUCUUCCCAGUUUCCACCAACAGCCCCCUUCUCUCCCUGCCCCCCUGCACCUCCCGUGCACUGUCCUUUGUCAUCCCCGUCCCACUCUGUGUCUUCACCCCUCCUCUCACCCUGCCCCGCCAUCUCACCCACUCCCUCUCUUCCUGUCUUUACAGUCCUCGAACUGGCACCCUACAGCUCAUCCCCUACUCCACCUUUUUCCCAACUUGCUCUGACCUCUCUCCACCUCCCCCUCACCUCCCGCUCCCUUCCCUCCAGGCGUCAGAAUUCCCCCUCCUUUUUGUCAUCUGUGUUUCCCACCACCCUUCCGCCCCCUUCCAGGAACUCGGGCCGCCCAGGUCAGACCCAGCUCUCCCCCUUUUUCCCUACUUCCUGCGUGCACAUACCCCUCAACUCCCAUGCCCCCAUACCUCCCCUCCCCGACCAUGCAGCCACCUUAGGCAUGCCCCGCCAACCCCAAGGUGGGGGGGAGGCUGGCUCCGGACCAACCCGACGCUCCGGCAGGAUCCAGGGCCGCCCUACCCCCUAUCCCUCUCUUGCCCCCCCUCCCACUACUAAGAAAAACCCGGAUUUCGGGGACCAGGCAAGCGCUGGCGACACUCACACUGACCCCCGAGGUCAUAAACGCGCACUAGACGAGAUCGAAACCCAACCACGCCCGCAUCAGCAGGAGCAGGACCGCGAGGGUGCACACGCACGCUCCAAAGCACACCGCAAAUCACCUGCUCCCCCACAGCCCCCCUCUCCAGGUGGCGCUAACGAGGCUGCCCAGCAGGUUACAGAGCCACGCUCCACCGCACCCACCAGCACCCACACCAAAAAACGGUCACACAAAAAGAUACAAGCACACGAUUGCAGCCCUGGAAGCACAAGGGACCCCACUAGAGGACUAAAAGGGAGGUCUGGGCAGACCCCAUCCGAGCAUAAGAGAGGAGGAGAGGGUGGAGGUGUGGAAAUUGGGGCAGCGGGAGCUGCAGCAAGGGAUGUGGGCGGGACAACAGGAAAAGUGGGUGGGACAGCAAAAGCUGUGGGUGGGGCAGCAAGGGAUGUGGGUGGGGCAGCAAGGGAUGUGGUGAAGGCAGCAAGGGAUGCGGCAGGGGCAGGUGGGGUUGCGGUGGGGCCAGCAAAGGAUGUAUUGGGGGCGGCAGAGGCUCCUGAGGGAGGCACACCAGGGGGUGUGACUAUGGAUGUGGAAGAGGCAGAUGCAGGUGGGGCUGCAGGAACCACACGUGAGGUGGCACAUGCCACGGCAGAGGCAGCAGAGAACGCCGCAAGGGCGGCUGAGGCUGCGGUUGGUACGGAAAGGACUGCACAGAGGGGUGCUGAGGCAGCAAGAAGGGCAGCAGGAGCCGCCGCUGGGACGGCAGUUCCUGAGUCGGUGGGGACGGCAGCAAUUGGGGCUGCAGAGGUGGCAGAGGAGAGGGCUGCAUGCAUAAGCAGCACGGCCGGGACAGCACGGGCAGCAGUGGCGGCACAAGCCACUAAAGGGGCGGCAGAGGCCACAGCAGGGUGGGGAGAGGCCACAGUGGUGGCGGCAGGAGCCGCAGGCGGGGCGGCGAGUGCUGCAGCAGGGGCUGCAGAAGCACCACAAAGGGCCCUGGGAGCCGCUACAGAGGCGGCAGGCCCUGAAUCGGUACAAAUGGCAGCAUACAGGGCUGCAGGAGCAGCAGAGGAUGUGGCUGCACGCACAAGCAGCACGGGCCGUACAACAGGGGUGGCACAGGCCACAGCAGGGGCGGCAGAGACCGCAGUGGACAGAGCUGCAGGCACGGACGGCACGAGCCGGAUAGCGCGGGAAGCCCGGGUAGCAGGAGUGGCACAGGCCACAGUAAGGGCGGCAGAGACCAGAGCAGGAGUGGCUCAGGCCCCAGCUGGGAUGGCAGGGGCUGCAGACAGAGAAGCAUCAGCCGCCGCAGUUGUCGGGGCUGCUCAGGCUGCUGCGGGUGUGGGCGGCAGAGCAGCAGAGGCUGCAGCAGGGGGGGCAGUAGCAAAGAAGGGUGGUGUAGUGGGGAGAGCUGCAGAGGCUACAGCAGUGGUAAGUGCAGCAGGGGGGAGUGCAGCAGGGGGGCGGACAGCAGGAGCUACAACAGGUGAGAGGGCUGGGGGGGCUGAAUUGGGGGAGAGUGUGGCGGGGGCGGGUGCCCCGGCCGCAGCGGGUGAGGGCGCAGCGGGGGAUGCAGCUGAAGCAACAGAGCGGACCAUGGCACGGCCAGCAGGGGCGGCAGAGGCGGCAGCAGAAGCAGUAGAGGCCACAGCAGGGCCGACAGAGGCUGUAUCUGGAGCAGAAGAGGCCGCAGAAAGGGCUGGCAGUAAUGAGCCAGCAGGGGGGGCGGGCUCAGGGGACAUAGGGGCAGGAGGGGUGAGUGGGGUCCCAACUAGGGGGGUUCUUGGAGAAGGGGAUGUGAUAGUGAUGGGAGAGGAUGCGGUAGAGGACGGGAUGCACAUCGACGGGCCACUGGCCCAAUACCUCACACCUGACGGUGAGGCCGACCCAGGCCCCCUGCAGCCUCAUGACGAGGUUCCCCCUUUCCCCCCCAUGCCCGACCUUAUGCUGGCAGAUGGACCGAUGGAGGGGAUGGAGGAGACUUUGAGGAUAGAGCCCCGCGAGGGCGCCCCCAUCCUUACCCCCCGUCCUACAGCCCACCCCCCCCCAGGAGCACCACUUCCCCACCCCCACCCUCAGGGGCUCCCUCUAGCAUCCAGGGGGGCAGCCAAGGCCCUGGACUUCUUGGCAGAGCCGUGCUCCCCGACCCCCACGCUGUUCCUUGGCCAGCCCCCCCCUCUUUCCCCAACGCCUGACCCCACGCUUGCAGGCGGUCCACCGGGGGAGCGCGCGGGUGCAACAAGGGCAGAGCUGCCCAAAGGCACUCCUACUCUCGCCUCUAACCCCUCCCCGCCCCUUCCCUCACUCCAUCCAUCUCCCCCAAGGGCAGCACACUCAUGCCCCCACCCCCAGGGGUUCCUCCGAACACCACGGGGAGCAGCCAAGGCCUUGGCCUUCCUGGCUGAGCCAUGCUCUCCGACCCCUAAAUCCACCGAAUCAUCUCCGGCCAACCUCCUACCUCCUCCCCCACCAGGUCCCCCCCCCGCCCGGAUCUACACACAUCUCAGAGCCAAGGCCCACCCGCAAGGACCUGUGGAGUCUCAUGGGAGCGACGACACACUGGAGGGGCCCACAGGUGGGGCCACCAGUGGGAGGGGCCCUGGCCCCAAUUUCCAGCAUGGGGGCGCAACCUCAAAACCUCCCCUCCCACUCAUUCCCCCACCCCCUGCCACCACGGAGCCACCACAAACCUCCCUCCCCCCACCGCUUGCACCGCACUCUACCCUCCACACCACUCCAGCGCCUCGGCCCCCGCCUACAACCUCCUCACCCGGCCCUGUUCCUCACGAGUGGCCCCAUUGGGCAACCAUCGCCCCACACGCACAGCCUGCCCGGUCUGUCCCCACGGAGGGUGAUGUCAUGGGGAGGGGGGGGAGGCACACAGAGAUUCCCCCGCCUGGUCAACCACCCAUCCUCCCCCCACCCACCCCCUUGGCCCCUCAGCCCCCCCUUCCUUCACAACCAGGCAGGGACAACGAAAACCAGGUUGGCCGCCGGCGGAAGAAAAAAGGCAGGGGAGGCAAAGGAUCAGCUCACCUACUCCCUCCUCCCUCCCUCCCCCUCCAGGCACCCCUCCUCACCCCACAUCCCGAUGAACCUGCACCAGGCCUCACCCCCACGGGCCGGCCACCAAAAUCACGCACCCCUCCCGAACCUGCCCAUCCACAGGGCCAUGGGACCGAUCCAACCCGCUCACCCCCGGGCCGCCUCUCCCUUCCUCUAGACCCCCCCCAGGUGGCGGCAGCCGGGUACGAUGUCGGGAUGGAGGCCGACGGGAUGAGGGAUGCGCCCAUGGCAGACGCCACCGACUCCUCUUCCCACACCUCCCACCCCAUCCAGGUCGACGCCCCCCUACCGCAACCCAUGGUCAUUGGGGAGGGCCAAGGGGGCUUUAAAGAGCAGGGACCACACCUGAGCACCGCUCAGCCAGCACGCCCCGCCCCACCCACUACCCGGCCAGCCCUCCUCCCCUCACCAGCAGGCAGGCAGGUCACCGGGACCCCACAGGAGCCAGGCGCGUCACUCCCGUCCCCGAUGGAAACGGACCUGGUUCUAAGGCCGUGUCACUCGCACCCCGACGUGGUGGUGCCUCCCUCCGUUCAGCAUGUUGCCGACACACUACCCGUGGCGCAAGAGGGCACCAGCUUUAGGCAUGAGGCAUCCGCCCCUGCCGAGACCCCUCCGCCUGGGGUAGCAGAGCCGCCGCUUGGACCAGGGACAGGGGCACACCACGGCACACACUUCUGGCUCACCUCCACGUCCCCCCCCCCUAGCUUCGGGACCGGUGAUCCUCUUGGAGUUCAGGCCGCCCAUGGGGUCCCCUCUACAGCCAGUUCCGAUGCCACGGCCCCGAUCGACCCCACCGACACGGCGACGUCACCCGACCAGGUCGUGAGAUGCCCCACCUGCAGGAGCUCUCUCGCGAACCGACGCGCGCUUCAGCACCACACGCCCUUCUGCCAUCCUGCGGACGCAGCUCGUAGGGCACAGGCCCUCCACGACACCUCAUCUGUCCUCCCAUCCCUCUCGGAGCCACAGGGGACGAGGACGCAUUUCACAGAUGCACAGUGGCAGACGUUGGACUCCUUCGACUGGUCGGAGUAUUUCUCGCCAGAGCGCACCCACGCCCGCCCUCUCCGACGCAUUCCAACUAGGGUUCGCGGAGGAUAUCUUGACGUCCUCUGCACGAUCUUAGCCCGUGUAUCCCAGUAUCCCGAGGCUCCGGGCCCUACCUUCCUCCUCGCCGCUGCACCCACACUUCUCCUGACGCAGGCGACCCCGCCAGACCGCUCGCACACGACUGCCAUCGCAGCACGGGUCUCCCGCUUCAUGCGAGGUGAGUGGACAGAGCUACUCUCUGAGGCCCUGAUCCGUCGCACCCCCCUUCCUCGACGCACAUCCCGGCGCGCACGUGCCGUCGCCACCCAGUCCACCGCAGAUGAGCGUCGCAUUGCAUGUUGCCUCCGUCUGGCAGCGUGCAAUGAGACCUCACGGGCCUGCGCGGCUCUCGAGUCCGCGGAGGCCGCCCCAGAUACACAGGGGACGACACAGUGCCUGAAGUCAAAGCACCCCAACGCGGAGAGGCCGACCCCAGCUUGGCUGUCGGACUACCAGGGGACUGCUCUCGUGCUCUCGACGGAUCACCUACGUCGCGCCAUCUUCACAGCUCCGCGCGGCUCCUCGGGGGGACCGUCCGGCGUCCCGGAUCGACUCGAGAGGAUGGGGCGGGUGCUACCCUGGCUUCCGAGGUUGCGUCAGCCCCAGACAGCUGCUCGCCUUCUUUCGGCAUGUGUCAGCACUCGCCCGCAGUACCCGUCGAGGACUGUCCCUCUCUCGCCCGCAGUGCUCUCCAGCUUCGCACGCUGGGACGCACGCCUGGGAGAGACUUUUCAGCAGCUUUUAGCGUCAGGGACCUGGGCAUGCCGCGAGGACGUCAGAGAUGCCGCCAGCGACCAGAUCUUCCUCCCCAUCCGCCUUGGGGGUUUCGGCAUUCGUCGCAUGGAGCGCACUGCCCCGAGCUUUGCUUCCGGUGAGACGGAGCAGAUCGACCCAUCCCUACGGACGACGCUGGAGGGCCUUCCACCUGACAUUCUCUCUCUCCUCCCACCCUGGCCCUCUUGUGCCUCUGCCUCCCCCGAUUCCCUUUUUGCAGGAGCGAGCCGCCUUCUGGAGGCGCAUGCCUUGGAGGCCGUGCGUGCCCGUCACACCUCUCCCUUGCACCUUGCCU